CACAAACCAAGCAGCAGCAACACAAUCUCGCCAAAAUGAGUCUCGCAGAUUGGGCGCUCCCGCAGCUCUCGAAGCUUCUCCCGCUGGACAACGACUCUCUGAAGCAGAUCAUCUCAUACACCGAGUCGUUACCAAACAGGGAAGCGGCGGAUCAUCUGCAGAACAUGCUAGGUGAUAGUCCUCAGGCCCUGGAAUUUAUCACGUCCUUCAACAACAGGAGACCGUCAAAAGGACCUGCAGCUGCAGCUCAGACGGCGUCUUCGGGUGAUCUGUCCGAGGUGCCGAAGCCCAAGUCCCGCAAGAAGAAGCAGACAGGAUUGGGCAGGCCGUUACCAGCACGACGGAUAGAGGAUGCUGGCAACAUUGCGGGCGCGUACAUCAAAAGAGAUGAGGACGACUACAUGGCCGGGAGCUCAAAACAUAAAGCUCCCAAGUCGAAUGCUUUCGGGUUGUCUCAGAAGCCAGAUGCUUUGCAGUUACCAACAGCUACAUCUUCAGGAACGGCCACGCCGACAUCACGCGGCGUCUCACCUGCCCCACAGCCGAAGAAGCUGCCUCCAUCAGCCGCAGGCCAACUCAUCUCCGAGGCGAAAUCAUCAAGAAACUCGUCACCAAAACCAAAGGCGAAGAUCAGCGUAGCGGGUGGCACUCCAAUGCAUGGAGCUUCUACAGCACUCAACGAUCUCGAAUCUGCGAUCAGAACUCUAGAGAUCCAGACGAACCCUACGUUAUCUGCACAAGACAGCAGUAAACGAAAGUGCAACUGCAUGGCAACUCAGCACCCACUUCUCGAUGCUGCGCCAAACUGUAUGAACUGCGGCAAGAUCAUUUGUGUGAAAGAGGGUAUCGGCCCAUGCACAUUUUGCAACACCCCGCUUCUCAGUGCCGAUGAGACUCAGUCGAUAAUCCGCAUUCUACGUGAAGAACGGGGCAAGGAGAAGAUGGCUGCGAACAAUGCCGGCCAAAAGCGUGCAGAGGUCGCACAUGCGCCUCGACCGUUCUCAACACCGAAAGCGUCAGCGCCAUCCUCUGACGUCGAGUCUGAGAACGAGAAGCUAGCGAAGGCCAAGCAACAUCGAGACAAGCUCCUCGCUUUCCAGGCGCAGAACGCAAAGAGAACACAGGUCCAUGACGAGGCCGCUGAUUUCGAGACGACGACGGCCGGCUUGAGCAUGUGGGCAUCUCCACAAGAGCGCGCCAUGCAGCUAAAGCGCCAGCAGAAGGCUCUACGAGAACAGGAGUGGAAUGCGCAACCUGAGUACGAAAAGCGGAAGGUUGUUGCCAGCAUCGAUCUAGUGGGAGGGAAGAUUGUAAAGCGCAUGGCUGCUGCAGAGCGACCAAAGACACCCGAGAGUGAAGAUGAGCCACCGGAACCUGCACAGCACUACGAGACCGGUGCCAUCUCGAAGGGACAUGGUGCGUUCAGCAGAAACCCACUCCUUGGUGCCCUCAUCCGCCCCACUAUCACAGUAGAAAGCAAGGGCAAGGACAGGCAGAGCGAGAAGAGGCAAGCCUGGAGGAGGGUACAAGACGAUAAUGACGACAACGAGCAAUGGAUCUUGGAUGGUGGAGUGUAUGGUGGGAAGAACGAGACUGGCGAGCCAGAAGCUGGGCACUGAGCAUAUACCGACAAAGACGCUGAGGACCUAUUGUCUGCAUCAUCAUCGCUACUCCAGUGUUGCUUUUGCGUAGGAUACACUGGUUGCCUCGGUCUAUAGCGCUUCCUUGGGCGUUACAGAGAGCUCGAUACAAAAACUCGGUAUCUGCGCCGACACAACUUUUCAGAAAAGCAACGGCCUCCGGAUCUGGCUUUCCCAUGAAAG